UUUAAGAAAAACAGUAUACGCAUAAUUUUUAUUAUACAACAAGCAAUAGAUGUAUUAAAAAAUUGGCAAGUUGGAUGUAAUCACACGACCACUUUACAUUCACAAGGUUUAUUUAUCAGUUUUAUUUUAUUUAUCAAAUUUAAUAGAAAUUUGAACUACUUGAACUUGGGACCAUUGAUUAAAGAAGUACACUAAGGACAAAGAUUUGAUUUUAAUUUGUCCUGUGUUCUGUAACACUGGAUUUUUAUCUAAAAAAACUUGGAAACUUUCCAGAAUUUCUGUUACUGAAAUUUCGAUGGACUGCAGAAUAUAGGUUUUUUAGGAGGACUAUUUUAUUUCAGUCGUAGUGAAAAAUUAUAUUAUUUUUAUUUCAUUAUCUUUUACUAAUCUAUGGUUUAAUUGUUUAAUAUUUAUCUUUCAAAAAGACGUUAACCAUAACCAACGUCAACUGUCAACAUCAACCAUGAAAAUAAGUUGAUAAAAGAAAAGAAAGAGUAGAAAGACUGAAUUUAAAAAGUUUUAUUUUAGUCCUAAACUGUGAGGCAUAUUUUUCUACAAAUAUAAACAUUUUAAACAUCAUGGAUCACUUCAAAGAUGCACAUUAUUUUUAUAUACCCUCUCAAGGGAAUGUUUAUACUAUGACUGAUUUAAAAUUAGCGAAUGGAUCAACAAAACUUCUGGUAGCUUCCUUAAAAAGAGAAGUAUUUUGUUUUGAAUACCAGGAUUCUCCAACGGGUAGUUUAGUACCUACCACUAAAGAAAUUUCUUUUACAUACAUCCCCAAUGGUGCUGAGAUAAUAUCCCUUGACGCUUUUAAUAAAUCCUCAACGACUAAUGAAUUUGUUAUCGGAAUUACCAUAAUAAAGAAUAGCAAUGAAAGCGAUUCUCUGGAAGCUUACUUAAACAUAUACUCAGAAUGGGAAGAGAAUGAAGACUUUAAUAUCGAAAACAUAGCACAAAACUGUUUAAACGUAGAGUUAAAUUUUAUUCCUUACAAACUCUUACAUUCUUUUUUGGUGAAAUGGCAGGACGACGAAUGUGUGACUAAAGAAUUUGUAUUUAUUUUAUCUGGUAGCGAUCAUCAAGUACAUGUGUAUCGAGAACAUACAUUGGAACAUGUGUAUAAAGAAAUAGACAAUAAGGAUUUUUUUCCUGAAUUCACGAAAGCGCCCAGUCCUAUUAUAUGGAUAGACGUCUAUUAUUCUGAGGAUUACACUGAACGAAUAACGUCUUACGCUUGUGAAUGUGGUUAUAUUAAAUUACUGAAAGUGGAUACAAAGAAAAACCAAGUUGUUUAUAAUUUUUCCACAAGAUUUGGCAACUAUAUUUCACGUGUGCAAAUUUUUCCUGAAGACGAUGGUAUGUCUAAUUUUACAUUCGAAAUGAAUGGUAACGUUAAACGUAUUGGUAGAGAUGAGAAACCGGUGAGCCACAGUAAAUCGAUACCAAAUAAAAUUAAUUUAGUCGUCAUAAACACCAUUUUGCCUGCUGUAAUAUUUCACAAUGUUCUCGAGUUUGGUUUAACGGACUACGCUACUCUUCCUCGUCACGACAGCACAAGUAUUUUGACGUGCUGUGAAAUUGCCGACAUUGAUUUCGAUGGACGGAAAGAAAUACUGAUUGGGAAUAGCGCCGAGGAAAUAAUGCUUCUGAAGCAUAUCGAACAAAAAGGAUGGUGUUUGGAAGAUCUUAAAAAGAUCGCCGCGCCAGUUCUUGGUUUAAAAUAUUUAGACGUUAGUGGGGAUGGGGUGAAGGAACUGGUAGUUUUGGGAAUGAAAGGAGUUCACGUUUUGCAGCACGAUUCAUCCUACCUUCAGAGAGUACUCCACACAAAAAUCCAAAAACUGACGCUGCCAGAUUUGGAAGAGAUAAAAACGUAACUGCUCCCAAAAUUCGUCCUGACAAAAUCACGAACAUGGACAAAAAAAAGGACCUAGGACUUAAAACGCAUACAGGCAACUAACUUUUUAUUGUCCGCAGCUGUAUACGGAACAGAGGAAACAUAUGUGUUUAUCGCACACCAUAAUUUAUUUUUUCACUGGAAAUCUUACCUUUCCUACUUACUUACCUUAGUAUUGUACUGUAUUUUCUGUAAAUGAUUUGGGUAUUAAAAGGGUGGAACAAAACUCA